AUCGCUUAGUGGACCUCUUCCAGACCUCCAGUGUGAGAUGCUCCUGUGUCUGAAUAUCCUGGUGCUGCUCCUCCUGCAGCCGGCUCUGUCACUGCCGCUGACCACCCCGUCCAGAGGAUGCCCCACCUGUAAAUCAAAGACCACAGAGAGUCAGCCGUCUGUAGAUUCAAACACCACCUCUCUGGCUGUUGGAGAACCGUGUGGGGUCUACACUCUGAGCUGCGCCCAAGGUCUACGUUGCGCACCACAGGAGGAUGAGCUGAGGCCCCUCCGCGCCCUGUUGGAGGGCAGGGGAGUCUGUACGAACGCCAGCAGCAUCGGCCCGACUGAAACUGUCCAAACGGCAGCAACAGCACCUACUGAGGAUCCAAAUGAGGCUCCUUGUCGUAAACUGCUCACUACACUUAUCGAAGGUCUGGACGCCCAUGUAUUCGACCCGAAUCACGACAUCUACAUGCCCAACUGUGACAAGCGCGGCUUCUUCAGAAAGAAGCAGUGCUGGUCGUCUCGAGGUAAGCAGCGUGGCAAGUGCUGGUGCGUGGAUCAGAACGGCAUGCCGGUGACCUCGAAGACUAAACAGAAGGGCGGACUGAGCUGCUGAGAUGGACCGAAGCAGAGGAGGCUGAGGCGUCGAUACGAGAUAAAGAUGAAGGAACACCACACAGAGUUUAAAGGAGCUCUGCACAGUCUCACAUUUCACUCACCAGCAGCCAGAAGCAGCUCUCCACCAAUGAGAGCGCUGCCUUGAAAACAGGUGUAACUUUGUCUCCUUGCGCCCUCUACUGAACAUAUUAGGCGUGUAUUGAUAAGAUAUUCCUAUAACAUCCACUUCUAUUAGAUGUCAAAUUUGAUCAAUAUUUGAAAGUAUCUCGUGGAAAGAGACUCUAAUGAGAUGAUUUGUUCUAACCCGGACCCUCUCCUGCCCAAACACUAGCCCAAUAACACUUCCUUUAGUACUAAUAUAUUCAAUUAAAUCAACCAAGCUUCAGGAGCAUCAUGAUUUGAUCACUCUAUUGUAUUUAUAGCCUACGUAUAUUUUCAGUAUUUUAUUUUACAUUGGAACCACUGUAAGUGUUUUACUGUAACUGCUGUACAAAAUCUCAAGAUGUAACCCUAUUUAUGUCACUUUGAAUGUGAUAUUCUAUUUAUGUUAAUAUUGCCAAUGAACAAAUAAUUUAUCAGUGGUUGCCUAUAAGAACAGAUACCUGAGGUGUUAUUUUGAAAGCCUGAAUUGUUUUUUUUAACGCAGAAUUGAAUGGGGGCAUUAUAUGGGGGCGUUCAUAUUUUUCUUACUGCUUUUUUUACUUAUUUAUUAUCAUUGUUUUAACUGAUGCUCUCUAUUUUUGCUAUCCCCUUUGCUGCUGUAAUAAUGCACAUUUCCCCAUUGUGGGACAAAUAAAGGAUUAUCUU